CAGGUGUGUGGUCAAAGAUGAAGACGCCGCUCUGCAGAAUUUGCACCAGUCCCUACGCCACAUCAGGCACCUCAAGGUGGCUUUCGACCAGUCCAAGGAAGGGAUCCGUCAGAAGGUCUGCCAGAUCCUGGACCUUCUGGCCAAGCAGAACCACAAGCUGCAGGCCUUGUCCAUCGAAUGCAUGGGAGAAAACCCAUUUUUUUAUUCCGGCCAAGACAUCCUGCAGAGCAUCAGGGGCAUCUGCCAGAGCCAGAACCGAAUCGACCUGCGGCGCAUCGAUUUUCGGGCCAUGCCUUUCACCCUGGACGAUGGGAUCGUCCAGCUCGUGGCCUCCAGCAGCCCGAAUCUGCACACUUUGUACCUGAACAAUCGCACUUUAGUUUGCAAUGUCACUCCGGAGACAAUCAUUGAGCUGCUGAAGUCUUGCCCCCAAUUAUCCACCUUAGGGGUCUAUUAUGCCAGCCUCUCCGAGGAAGUCUUUAAGGAACUGGUGACCCUCAGCCGACCGACUUUCAAGUGCCUGGAUAUUUUCUGCGAGCGGCUGGACAAAUACAUUCCCGUGAUUUCGGAGGAGCUGUGGGCUUUGGUGUGCGAGAAAUAUCCCCAGCUCUAUGUCCAUCUGGAACUGGACCACACGGUCCCCCAGUGGAAGAUCCCACGGAUCUUGAAGCCCAACAUCCCGGUGACGGAGUUGCAGCUGAACACUUUUGCCUACAUGGUGUAUCAGAUCCGCUUCGCCACCCUCAACUACAGCGGCACUUUGGAGAAGCUCGUCCUUCGCACCACCUCCUCGGACGAACUCAACACCUCGCUCGUCGAUUUGGCCCGAAAAUGCGCCCGCUUGAAAGAGGUCCACUGUUUCUGCGUGGUCAGCCAUGCGGUGGUGGACGCUUUCCUAUCAAGCUGCCCGAGGUUGGAAAGUUACACCCUGAAGACAUCCAAAGAACGCAGUCCGUGGCAACCCACCACCAACUUGUGAUUGCGCUUAAGGAUUUUUACUUUCCGGUCACGAGAAGAGGGAACAUUGACAAUUCAGCUUCUUCUACUAGGUUCACUCGUGGUUGUUUAUUUAUGACAGGGCCAGGGGUGAAAUGCUACCAGUUCUGACCAGGUCACUAGAACCGGUAGCAAAAAAUGCUAAGGUUCGCCG